AUGUUUACCUUUACCUUCUGUCCUAAUCGGCACAGACUGAGACUCUGCAGCGUCUCCGAACCGACGCGGGACCGGCAGGUGGGUGAGACGGCGCCCAGAAGGCCCGCAGGAAGUCGGCGCUCUUACUUUUAAUGACGUCUGAUCAGAUGUCUCCUUGAAAGGAUCUCCUGAAAUGUUUUUGUCUGGGCCGAUUAUGUCUGCGUCUGAUGAUGAGCGUGACAUGUCACCUUAUCAAGACUAAACGGUUAAAGAUUCACUGAGGUAACAUUGGCGUGAUGUGGAUAAUCAUUACAUUAAUGACACACGCUCACAUGGAGAGUCAUUUAAAAGCAAUUAUGGGAUCAGUAACCUUUUUAAUCCAAUCAUCACCUAGAGUAGGCGCUGUGUGUCACGCCGUAUCACCUGAACCGGCAAAUGGAAACAUUAAUAAAAUGUUAAUCAAUCACGAGGACGGAGACGGAGCUGGCAGGUAGGUCAGAGGAAGUUAACGCGCCGAGAGAGGCGCCGAGGGAGACGCCGAGAGAGACGCCGAGAGAGACGCCGAGAGAGACGCCGAGAGAGACGCCGAUCUACGGACGGGAGAUCCUGCAGAAAUCUUCCGUCAUAUACGCCACAGAGAGACUUUCCUCCAUGUUUAAUUCAAUAUACCUACACACACACACACACACACACACACACACACACAGGACGCUGUUUUCCAGCUGUUUAAACGGCGGCUCAGAUUAGCUGCUCAGCCAUUGGAAGGAAAGUCGGGCAGGAAACCAGUAAUUACUGUCUGAUUGGUGGAGAGGCUGCAAUUAGCAGCUCACAGACGGAGGAUCUGCAUGUGUAUAAGAAGCUGCAGGUUCAGUCAGCUGACUCUGAGCAGGGCGGACAGUCUUCCUCCGAUAAACUGAAGAAGAGCUCAGACCUUCGUUCAGAUCCAGACCACCGCAGACCGAGCUCUGAACCUCCAGGACCUUCAUUCAGAGAACUCAAACACUCUGAUCGUGCAGCUCGAUGUCAGUCUGAUCAUUGAAAAACACAGAGAGACAGUGUGUGUGUGUGUGUGUGUGUGUGUGUGUGUGUGUGUGUGUGUCCUUUAAAGCAGCAGAGUCCUCCCUGUCUCUGUUUCACUCCCGUAUAUCAUCACUCUCUGCCGGGACACGAGUCGCCUCCUUGCCGUCUUUCUGGGACACUUUCCUCUCCGUCAGACUUCCCUUCACUGACCCCACAGUGACCCCCGACCUCCACCUUCAUCCUGAUCGUCUCCUAAAAGUUCGUAUCCUCCGAUCGUAGCUGAUCGUAACCAUUCAAGCUAACGUGUCAAUUUACACCGACUUCUUUCCGUUCCUCUGCGGAUCGCCGGACUCCUCAGCUGAUCACAAGAGUUCUAUUUUUUCUGGACGCCGGAGCAUGGCGGAUAAAUUCAGCACAGAUUAACCCGUGCUGGAAAGGAAGUCGGGCACAGACACAAAAUAAAACAUCCGGCUUCUUUUCAAAAUAAAACACUCCGUGUUUCAGGAGGAUCGUAUUUCACACCAUGCAAACGGGCGGAGACGAUCAAGUGAAAGGUUUUUAGACGUCAUCUCACCCCGAUGACACCAUGGAUGAGGAGAUGCUGAUUCUAGAAGUCUAGAAGUAGAUUUCCUCCUCUGGAAGGACACAAUCUACUGCUUAUAUGUCUAUGUGUCUGUCUUUAGAGAGACGACUCGUUAUCGUGAGAUUGAACAUGAAUCUGCAGGUUCUUGUGAGUUCUCAUGGUUCCCCUCACAAACAGAUCCAGCAGGAAUUGGCUGACGGCAAAAAUCGCCGCCGUUCCUGAACGGAUCCAUUCAGGAUGUGGUGAAAAUUGGGGGUUACUCAGAUCCUCCUGUUUCCUCGGCGCUGCUCUGAAGGGGCGUGUCCUCUGUCUGACGGGGGCGGCUGAUUGGAGCUCUGACCUGAGUGGAGGUGGCCUGUUUACCUUCUCUGUCUUUCUUCUAACAGUCGUUGUUGUUUUCCUGUGUGUGAUUUAUGUUCAUUAAAGUUCAUCAGUCAGUCUAACGAACUCUUCAAACCAGAUUAUCCAGGAAACUCUCAUUAAAAUAAAACUUCCCUAAAACUCGUUACUCUGCUGAUUAAUGGAGUUUUUAAAUUACUCGAUUAGUCGGCAGAUAAUCGAUAGAAAACUGGAGAGCUCAAAUAUCGGACUGGUGCAGCCCUGAUCAGUUGAGCACAGAGAUCGAAGGCCGAUGAUGAAGUGAAUCAGAAAUAUUGGGUCCUAUAACUCCAGGUCCUCUCUGUGUUCUGAUCCAGAUCCAAACCUGAAACAGAUCCGGGCCUUUAAACAGACGGAGGACUCUGUGCUUCCAGCCCGGCGGCAGCGUGGAGCAGCUCCUCAGCAGUGGUCCUCCCUUAUCAUAGCACAUUUAACAGGGGGCUAAUCCAAUCAGGUGGGAUAACAGGGCUGCUCUCUGUGAGCGCGGGAGGAUCAGGCCAGCACUCCUCUGCUUCCCAUUAGUGUGUGUCUCUCCAGCCGGGCCCGUCCUAAUCCCAUUUCCCCAUCUAAAGCCUUAACCCAAACAAGCACACAGGACAAUAAUCUCCGGUCACACUCCUGUCGGCCGCCCCGGGCCUCCUGAUGCUGCUAAUGGAGGGCGAGCCGGAGAGAUGCCAAGAGACGGCUGCUGAGGGGGGACUGGCGGUGGCGUGUUCAGCCAAGAAAACCGCGACAUCUCUCUGUUUACCCCCCCCCCCUCAUUGUUUCCAGUCCUCAUGUAGAUCUGCUCCGGGCCGAACCAAACACGUCCAACCGCAGAGAAAAUCUGCUGUUAGCACGGAUCGUUUCUCAAGUGAGCGUGUCGGAGGCGUAGUUUAAUAAACACGUUAGAUUGUGAUUUUACUAAAGUCACCGUGUCACGAAAGCUCGGCUCUGAGGAAGGUGCAGAUUUUCAGGGCUGGAGGGUUUUUCUCUCUUCGGUUCAGACAAAGAAAAGAAAAAGAGGGAGGUUCUGGCUCCGUAUCCCCCCGUCUUUCUGUCCCUGUUGCGGCACAUGUGCCCCAGAUGCAGGGUCCUGAUCCAAACCCAGGCUCAUCCAGACGCCACCCCGAGUGUCUCAGAUCACUUACACGCUCUCCAAGGACCGCGGAAAAAACAGCCUCAUCCACAUUUCUCAUUUCUUUUGGUUUCCAUAAGAAAAAUGCAGUCCCAACGUCCUAAUGAAUUCCAACUGAAAUAUGGUUGGUGCAACAGCGUGCAGCUCCAACAGGCUCCAACAGGCUCCAGCAGUUCAGGGUCCAUAUGGAAGACAUUAGUUCACCCAUCGGCUUCGUACAAAUUUGAACACUGCAGUUUAUUUUCCACAGAUCGAGUGGAACAAAUAACCCGGUACCGAGAAUCAAACCGGACCUUUCUUUGGUGGAUCGGUGCAGCCGCUCCUCCGCCCAUCCUGACUUCACCUCCGCCCAGGAGUUGGAUAAACACCUGGGUGUUACAGGUGCACUUCGAGUCCUGCUCUGUGUGUGUGCACAGCUGGGAGCCGGAUCCUCUGAUUAAGACUUUUCAAUUACCAGGCGGUCCAAGAACCUCAGGAGAAGGUCCCUAAACCGCCUCAGGACGGUCCGGACCAUUAAAACACCUUAGGAUGGUCCAGACCGCUUGAACGCUUCAGGACGGUCCGGACCAUUAAAAGAACUCAGGACGGUCCGGACCAUUGAAACGUCUAAAGAAGGUUUGGUUUGAUUGUUAAAUUCGAACCUCUGGUCUGAACUGGUCUCUGGUCUCUCACCCCCAAUUUCCACCCCAUCCAGAAUGGCUCUGAUUCGGAAUGGCGGUGAUUUUCAUCAUCUGCCAAUUCCUACCAGAUCCGUUUGUGAGGCGAAUUUCAUGGUGGAUUACAGACAUAAGGAGAACUCCCAAGAACCCACAGAUUCACGUUCAAUCGUGUGAUAACGAGUUUUCUCUAUAAAGACGGAGGAACGGAAAGAAGUCGGUGUAAAUUGACACGUUAACUUGAAUGGUUACGAUCAGCUACGAUCGGAGGAUACGACCUUUUAGGAGACGAUCAGGAUGAAGGUGGAGGUCGGGGGUCGGGGGUCAGUCUUCUCCUUAAUAACCAGAUGAGCUGCUGUAGACCUGCUGUCACCCAGACCAACAGCCUGAAAGACAGAACCAGCUCCUCAGACUGGUUCUGGAUGGUUCUGUUGACAGCUGUUCGGUGUGGGGGGAGUAAAAGUUCCGGCCUGUAGAUCCUCGGCGUUGAUCCGUCUCUCUACUGGGAAUCUUCACUGGAAACACCGUCACGUCCCAGAGCCACCAGUUUCUCCACCAACCCUCUGCGCUCCGUUAUGUAAGGCGUUUGCGUCACGGCGACUCACUGUUUCUCAGCUGGCAGCAGCGGUUCGCGCUCUGUCCGCCCACAUGAACAGCGCUUUAAAGGCUGCCUGCGUCCCACGCCAGCCUCCAUCAAUCAGGCGGUGAAGGUUACCCAACGGACGAUUAACGCUGCCAGGUGGAUUUCUACCGAGAGAGUCUUCUUCAUCGCUCAGACCUUAAUGAGUCCACACACAAGGAGGAGACCCAGAGACCCAGGGACAGACCUCAGGACCGAGGCGGGGGGGCGUGAGCUAAAGGCUAACAUCAGCAUGCUAACAUAAGCACGCUAACAGGACGACUGAGCACCAUUGUUGGAUCUGUGGUCAUGUGACAGAUCCCUGGGUUUCUCUCUGAGACUCUGAAGUCCUGCUGUGGUCCACAUCCGUCACUGAUUGGCCCUUUAAGUUUGACCUGACCUCUAAACAGAAACAGUGUUUCACUAGUUUGUCCAUUCUGUGCUCCUGUAGAAACGUGGCGGUCCAAAACGGCGGCCUGCUCCUCUGCUGGUUCUGUGUUACCAUAGAGAUAAAUAUCUGUUGUUGUGUCUGUGCUGCUAAAUGCUGAUUAAUUCUACGUACUGCACCUUUAAAACCACGUGAGGACAUCGUGUCGUCAGCCCGUGGUUACCGUCAUCAUCACACAGCUGGUGAUGAGCUGGGCUGUGACCUCGGGGUCAAACAUCCGUCAUCGCUGUAGAGGCGUUCUCACUGACUUUAAAAUGAUCCAAAUAUCAUCUCCACUUAUUUAACAGUGGCGGCGGCGGUGGCGGUGGCGGUGGCGGCGGCGGCGGCGGCGGCGGCGGAUGACCAACCUCUGAACCUUUAUCCUAAUAAAGAGACGUCACCUGAGACUGAAUCACAGACUGUUCCAGUGAUUUCUGCUGAUUUCACUAAAAUCAGGAAGAAGUGUCAGAGUCUGUGUCCUCGUGGUUCAGCGCCACCUACGUUUAGAUCUGCGUAA